AUGAACAAGGCUAUCAUGAACUACCACGCCAAUGCGGAAAGAGAACAAAAGAAGGAGCAGGAGCGUAUCGAAAAGGAACGUAUGCGCCGUUUGAUGGCAGAGGACGAAGAGGGUUACCGUAAGCUUAUCGAUCAAAAGAAAGACAAGCGUCUGGCAUUCCUUCUAUCACAAACCGAUGAGUACAUCUGUAAUCUCACUGAGAUGGUCAAGCAGCACAAGGACGACCAAAAGAAGAAGAAGGAGGAGGAGAGCAAACGCAAAGUUCGCUACAAGAAGGAAUUGCUGGCCAGUGGGGAAUACCAGUCCAUCGAUGAGAACUGUCUCGCAGCCGAUAUGCGCGUGAGUGUGAUGGAGCAAGCCACUGGCAAUAAAUUGAGCGGCGAUGACGCCCCCUACUUAAAGGAUCUCCACCGUUGGCUGGAAUCACAUCCAGGUUGGGAUUGGGUCGAGAGCGAUUCCGAUGACGAGGACGACGAAGAGCGUCAAGAGCGAGAAAACCGAGAGCGUUAUGAAGCCCGCCAUGGCAAGAAAGAGAAGACCGAAGAGGAUAUCACCAAGGAGCUCAUCAAGAAGGCCAAAGUCGAAGACGACGAGUAUCGUACUGAGGAACAGACGUACUACAGCAUUGCCCAUACAGUUCACGAGAAAGUAUACGAACAGGCUAACAUUUUGGUUAAUGGUCUGUUGAAGGAGUACCAAUUAAAGGGUCUCGAGUGGAUGGUGUCGCUUUACAACAACAAUUUGAACGGAAUUUUGGCCGAUGAGAUGGGUCUGGGUAAGACCAUCCAAACCAUUGCCCUUGUCACCUAUCUGAUGGAGCGUAAGAAGGUAAAUGGGCCAUUUUUGAUCAUUGUCCCACUGUCGACACUCCCCAAUUGGGUGUUGGAAUUCGAGAAGUGGGCUCCGUCAGUUGCAAUUGUCAGCUACAAAGGAAGUCCACAGGGACGUCGCUUGCUCCAGAAUCAAAUGAGGGCCACCAAAUUCAAUGUCCUUUUGACAACAUACGAAUAUGUUAUUAAGGAUAAGUCGGUUCUGGCCAAGCUUCAAUGGAAGUACAUGAUUAUUGAUGAAGGUCAUCGUAUGAAGAACCACCACUGCAAGUUGACACAGGUGCUGAACACUCACUACAUGGCUCCGUAUCGUCUGCUGCUGACCGGUACCCCAUUGCAGAAUAAGCUGCCCGAGUUGUGGGCCUUGCUGAACUUCUUGUUGCCCUCUAUAUUCAAGAGUUGCUCAACUUUCGAGCAAUGGUUCAAUGCUCCAUUUGCAACCACCGGCGAGAAAGUAGAAUUGAACGAGGAAGAAACCAUUUUGAUCAUCCGUCGUUUGCAUAAGGUAUUGCGUCCGUUCUUGUUGCGUCGUCUGAAGAAGGAAGUGGAACACCAAUUGCCCGAAAAGGUGGAAUACAUAAUCAAAUGUGAGAUGUCCGGGCUGCAACGUGUGCUCUAUAAGCACAUGCAGAGCAAGGGCGUCCUGCUGACGGACGGGUCGGAGAAGGGAAAACAGGGCAAGGGUGGAGCUAAGGCUCUGAUGAACACCAUUGUCCAGCUGAGAAAGCUGUGCAAUCAUCCAUUCAUGUUCCAGCACAUCGAAGAAAAGUAUUGCGAUCAUAUUGGAGGACAUGGUGUAGUUUCUGGUCCUGAUCUUUAUCGUGUGUCGGGAAAGUUCGAAUUACUCGAUCGAAUUCUGCCAAAGUUGAAAGCUUCUAACCAUCGAGUUUUGCUUUUCUGUCAAAUGACACAGUGUAUGACAAUUAUCGAGGAUUAUUUGGGUUGGCGUCAAUUUGGCUACUUACGUUUGGACGGUACAACCAAGGCCGAAGAUCGUGGUGAUCUUUUGAAGAAAUUCAACGCCAAGGACUCCGAUUACUUUGUAUUCUUGCUCUCGACUCGAGCUGGUGGUUUGGGUUUGAAUCUGCAAGCAGCCGAUACAGUCGUCAUCUUCGACUCCGAUUGGAAUCCUCAUCAGGAUUUGCAGGCUCAGGAUCGUGCUCAUCGUAUUGGACAGAGGAAUGAGGUGCGUGUGCUUCGUUUGAUGACGGUAAACUCUGUGGAAGAGCGUAUUUUGGCUGCAGCUAGAUAUAAGUUGAACAUGGAUGAGAAAGUCAUCCAGGCCGGUAUGUUCGAUCAAAAGUCUACUGGCAGUGAGCGUCAACAGUUCUUGCAGACAAUUUUGCAUCAGGACGACGGCGAAGAGGAGGAAGAGAAUGAAGUACCCGAUGAUGAGGUAAUAAACAUGAUGAUAGCCCGUAGCGAGGAUGAACUAGAGUUGUUCAAGAAGAUGGACGUCGAUCGCAAGAAGGAAGACCAGGUAAUUCAUCCUGGAAGAGAGCGUCUCAUCGACGAAUCCGAACUGCCAGAUUGGUUGACCAAAGAUGACGACGAGGUUGAGAGAUGGCAAACCUACGAAGAUGACAUUAUCCUUGGCAGGGGAUCUCGCCAACGCAAGGAAGUCGACUACACCGACAGCCUCACCGAAAAGGAAUGGCUGAAGGCCAUCGAUGAUGGUGCUGAGUUCGAGGAGGAAGACGACGAAGAUCGUGACUCGAAACGCAAGCGCAAUCGCAAGCGGAAGAAUCGCAAGGAAGAUUCAGACGAUGAUUCUUUGAUAUUGAUGAAGCGACGCAAGCAACCCGUCGACAAGCGCUUAAAGAGACAAAUGCACAAAAUCAUAAUGACCGUGGUGAAGUAUACCAACGAAGAUGGUCGGAAUUUGGCGGAACCUUUCAUUAAGCUUCCCUCACGUCAGAAACUACCCGACUACUAUGAUAUCAUCAAGCGGCCUCUGGACAUCAAGAAGAUCCAACAGCGCAUUGAAGACGGCAAAUACGCAGAGUUUGCUGAUUUGGAAAAGGACUUUGUUCAACUCUGCCAGAAUGCACAAAUCUAUAACGAGGACACAUGCUUGAUCUAUUUGGAUUCAAUCGAAUUGCAGAAGGUAUUUUCAGCGGCAAGGAAUCGAAUCCUCAGUUCGAAUGAACCCGCAUCCCCAGAGCAGUCAGAAAACGAUGACGAUGAUGAUAAUUCAGACGACGAUGGGGGCUCGUCGUCGGUCAAAAUGAAAUUGAAAAUAAACAAAGGUGCUGGCAGCUCGGGUAGUGUACCAGUAACACCCACCCCUGCAUCGAGUGCAUCUAAUUCCAAUUCCUCGACCGCCAAGAAGACAAGUCGACGAAAACGUUCUCAGAAAAAGUAUACUAUUUCAGAAGAUGAAGACGAUGAUAUGGAUUAGAGAGGAGAUGAGAGAGGAGUUGCAAGCAUUUCAAAUGCAUCUGUUUUAUUCAAUAGACUAGACUUAAGUGUACAAUAGAAUCUUAUAGAGUUGAUGAUUUUUUCUCUUCGGAAUUAAAUUCGUUUCAUUUUUUUUUUGUUUUUUGUUCUUUUUAAUUUAAUUUUAAUUGUAUUUGUGUGAGGUUUAGUUUACUUGUCGUCGUCUGCAAUGAUUCAAAAACACAAAAACAACUACAACACGGCUUAAUCUAGAUAGGAAUCGUAUUUUAAUCGAUAUUUUUUAUAUUUUUAAAUGUAUUAAUUAUAUUUUCUCCUUUUAAAAUAAAUUGAAAACCUUUUGCAUGCGAUAAAAUAUUAACCAACUCAAGAAAAUGCAAAUUGGAAUAUGGAACAUGAUUAAAGAAAACAAAAACAACAACACCUGCUAAUUUGUUGCAGAUUUAUUCAUUAAAAAAAAAAACAUUAGGGGUUUAAUUGAUUUCUUUUUUGAUGUAGAGAACAAUAAAAUAUAUUUAAAUGUAAAACAUGA